UAAAUAAACAGCUUUAGGGUGCCGGCGGCGGCAUCGGCGGCGGAGAACCUCCCGGAGGCGCCGCGGGCGGCGCAUCCUCAACAGCCUCGACGACGGCCUUGUCAGCCGUGAACUUGGCGACCUUGGCCGUCCUUCUCCGCCGCGGCCCGCUCGCGCGCUUGAGCGUGUCGUGCUUCAUGAUCCCGUCCUUCGGGGCCUCCUCCACGGGUUUCGCUGACGGCAUCGGCGGCGGCGCGCGCGGCGCGCCCCCGAGGCCCGGCAUGGGGAUGCCGCCGCCCAGCUUCGCGAGGCGCGCGCGGAUGCCUCCAGUAGUUUUAGGGGACGCCUCCGGCUUCUCGUCAGCCUUGGCGCUCAUCUGCAUACGCGCGAGGCGCUCCUGGAUGGAGCCGCCGGGCGGCGUCUUCGGCGUCGUUUCCGUGGGCAUCGGCGGCGGGCCGCCGCUGCCCGUGCGGCGGUGCGUCGGCAUCGGCGGUGGGGGACCGCCGGAGCCGGUCCGCCGAUGCGUCGGCAUCGGUGGUGGGCCACCACUUCCAGUAGAGGACUGGCUGGAUGUGCGGCGGUGCGUCGGCAUGGGCGGCGGUGCCUUACUCGGCGAUUUUGUGGGAGGCGGCGCGGGGGCGGCUAAUUUAGCCAUACGCGCGGCGAUCGCGGAGGCUUUGCCGGACGACUUGGGCGUGUUCGCCGCGGCUUUCUCCUUCUUGGCGGCCUCCUCGCGGGCUUUCGCCUUGGCGAUCAUCUCGGCGACGCCCAUCUUUGCACGCCGACGACGGCGCUCGGAGCACCCCUUGUUUUAUGGGUAUGUAGUGCGCGGCUUCGACGAAAGUGCGCGGCAGAGCUCUCGGCAGCACGGGGGGCGCCCAGGAGGACGCGUGCGGCCCGAGGCUGGCUAUGGGCCCUUAAAAAAGCACUUGGCCCGCGUCUGGCUUUGACAGCUAGUGUGUCUCG